UUCUAGUUGAUUGCAAUUCUUUAAAAGCCAUAAAAUAAUGACGCAGAUUUUGUUUCACAAGAGUUGUUAGUUCAAUCCUACGAGUUUUUGAAAUAUUUAAAAAAAACGAUGAUCAAUGCUACAAUUAAAACAAACUACUCUGCAAAUGAAUUAACCCAACGUUUUCCUUCUGAUCUUUGCAUAAAAGAUUUAAAAUUAAAGUUGAUUCUCAUAACUGGUGCCACACUUGAGCACAUGCAUAUUCAGAUAUUUGAUAGUUCUGGUAAAAUUUUAAAAGAUAGCCCAGAAGAAUUCACCUGUCUAAAAGAUUAUUGUGGUUUAGAUAGAAAUAUUACCCUUAAUGUUAUUGACAAAAGUAUAAAUACUGGAGCCUUUGAUGAUAUUUCUAAGGUCCAAAAAUAUGAAAUAUCAAAUGAUGCAUAUGCUAACAGAAUAGAUACGGUGAGAAAUUUUUUAAUGCAACAUAAAACUUCUCAAAAUGAUUCUUCUCAUCUCAAUAAAGGAUCCGGCGAUACAAAUGCUGCAAAAAUCAAUAUUGGUGAUAGAUGUAAAGUUUUUAUAAAGGGACAACCAGUAAAAAUUGGUACUGUUAUGUUCACAGGAGAAACUCAUUUCAAACCUGGCAUAUGGAUCGGUGUUAAAUACGACAAGCCUUUAGGGAAAAAUGAUGGCAGUAUCGAUGAUAAAAGAUAUUUUGAAUGCGAUAAUAAAUAUGGAGCCUUCGUAAGAUCUGAAAAUAUUGAAAUUGGCAAUUUCCCAGAAUUAUCCCUGGAAAGCUAUGAGAUAUAAAUAUUAAGAACAUUUAUUUUAUUAUAAUUUUUUGUGAAUACUCUACUUAAUUUUAUUUAUCUAAUAUUCAUUUCAAAUGUCGAAAUAUACAUUGCAUCUAUAUUUUGUAUACAAUAUAUACUAUAUACCUUUUUUCCUUCAAUUCAACAAUAUCAUGGAGAGGGCAAAUAUUUUUAAAAAAAUUGUCGAUUGGAUAAAGACCCAUUUUACAUUUAAAAAAUUUUUGUUAACAUAAAAAAAACUCGAACCUAAAGAAAGACUAAUUUAUUAAUUGACCUAUUAAAUCUGUCUAAUGACCCUGCACCUCAUGUAUUAUGUUUUUAUGAUUUUUUUGUAAAUUAAAGAUUUAAACUACUUAAUAUUAUAUAUUAAAAAAAUAUGUUUUCAUAUAUCGUCUGUAGCCUUGUAAGUGAGUGCGUUGAUAUUGAACUCGAUUCCUGGGUUCGAAUUCAGCAAGGGCCAUGUUUUAAGGCCAAUUUGGUGGUUGUGUAUUUGGGGAAAAUAUAUAUAGUAGUUUGGACUCUACCACGUGAUUCCGUUAAUAUUUAUUAAAAAAUAAGUAAAUCUUUUGACAAAAUUUGGCUCUUGCUUAGCAAAUAGUUUGACGUGCAUUGUCACUAGUAGUGUGGUAAAAUUGUUUGGUUGGGUCGAAUUUGGGUUUUUGAUCAAAAAAAUGAACCAAAACCAAAGCAACCUAAUUGGUCGACCUGAUCGACCAAGUCCAUCGACCCGAUUUAUUUUAUAUAAAUUUGAAUAUUUUAUUAUUAUCACAUCCAUAUUUAUCAACAAAAAAACAUGAUAUUAUUUAAUAUUUUUAUUUAUAUAAUAUUAUUAAUAUAUUAUGAAAUGAAAUGAAAUUUAUAUUAUAUUAUGAAAAUGGUUUGAUGUUUUU